UCCUGCAUCAUUGUUUUUUUGGAGAGGUUGAAGGAGAAGCGAGAGUUUUGCAGCCUGUGGAAGGUUUGAGAGCACGUGAGCAGUUUUGAGUUGUGUGUAAUAAAAGCAGGGAAGUAGCUGGUAAUUGGAGGAAGCCGCUGUCCCAGAGCGAGCUCACAUGCUGACGCUUGCCAGACCUGCAGCAGCACACCAUGGAGCACACGUCCAAGGAGGGGAUGCUGUAUUUACAAGGGGUCAAGUUCGGCAAGAAAAGCUGGAAGAGGACCUGGCUCAUGCUGUAUCCUGCAAGCUCUUAUGGGAUUGGCCGCGUCGAGCUGCUCGACGUGCGGGAUGGGGCAGGCGGGGGCGCCCUUGCACCCAACAAGCAGGGGGUGAAGAAGAGCGACAAGAAGCUAAUCCGCCUGACCGACUGCAUCAGCGUGACCGCCGCCCCCGGAGAGACCUGCCCCAAAGACUGCGCUGCCUUCUACCUCAACACCACCCAGCGCACGUACGCACUGGCGUCCGAGGACGCGCAGGACUGGGUGGGCAAGCUGUGCGAGCUGGCAUUCCAGAGUAAUGAUAACCAGAAAUCAUUGUCAAGAUCAUCGAGUACAGAGGUAUCCAUGGAGGAAAACGAGCUGUACUCAUCAUGGAAAAGAGCUCAGGAGUUCCAGGUGACUGUUCAGGUCACUGAAGCGUCGCUCAGGUGUGAUCUGUAUGGAGAUUACAUUCUAUCGGCUGGCAAGGAGGACAUCACCCUGCUGGAGCCCCGAAGCAAACAGGUCCUCUACUGCUGGCCCUACCGACUGCUGAGACGCUUCGGCCAGGACAAGACUGCGUUCACGUUCGAGGCGGGCCGACGGUGCAAGUCGGGGGAAGGGUAUUUCAUGUUCCUCUCCAAUAACGUGCCGGAGAUCUUCAGAGCCAUGGAGCAGGGCAUCGGGCAGGAGAAGAGCAAGAGGAAGAGCGCCUUGGAGCAGGACCAUGAGACUACUCCCCAACACCCAGCACAGUCCUGCCUCCCUGCCCAGGAACCAAGCAAUCCCAGGGCACCUCCAGCCCUCAAUCAGGGGGGCAUAGUAAUGAAAGAAGAAGCUCCAGAGCUCCCCCAGAGGAAGUUUAUGAACAUCAACAAACCAGUAUGGAAUGCCUUAUUCAAAGACAGAACCAAGAUGAACCAAGCAGGGCAGUCUGGGACCGUAUCUGCAACUGACCCUCUCAACACAGUCUAUGCCACCAUACAGGAGAUUCAGUUGCAUUCUGCGGAACAGAGCCAAUGCCCCAAAAACCCAGACCAGGCAAGAAGCUCAAUGUAUAACAACAGCUCUCCCUUAGGCUCUUACCAAAAUGUGGAGAGCGAGGAAGGCAGGUUUGUUCAACUUCCCCCUGAAAACUUGCACCACUACGCCGAGGUCAAACUCACGACUGAAGAGCACCUGUCCGAUUUCCCUCUCUAUGACAAUCUGGGCUUUGAGAAACCCUGGCCUGGUCAUAGACUGGAGCACCUCGAGGUGGAGUCUGAGGAGGAAUCUCCCUGCCCCCAGGACGACUGCUCUCUGCUGAGAUCAGAGAAUCAUGGAGAGAAGAGUGGCUUUGAGCAGGAAGAAGAGGAAAUCAUUCUUUCCACCAGCCCCAGGUCGAGCAUCGUCACGGAGACAGAGAUCUCCGACUGCUUCAAGCAGAGGCUCACUAACCUCUUCUCCAAGGAGGUGCCCAAGUUCAUGCAGCCUACACUUGUUCCCAGAGACUUCGGCAGCACAGACAGACUGAACUCUUAAUGUGUCAUGGCAGACUUGACUCUGUGUAUAAUAUGAGCAGGUCUGUGUGUGUGUGUGCAGGACAGUGAACUCUUCUUGCUCUGAACGUGAGAUAUAGGGGUGACCAAUGAAUAAAAUCAUUUUGGACUGACUCUACAAUAUAAGACAAAUUUCGGUGAAUCAUAAAAUCCAAAUAUUUAAAACCCUUACUAGCCCAAGUAAAGCCAUAAUUGUCAAGUAAAGCUUCAGUACCAUAGGAGUUUAAAGGAGCCAACUCUGAUUUAUUCCAGUUUGUAUUAAAUUAAGAUAUAUCAGCAUAUUUAUUGAUUUGAUUCAAUAGGGGGGUUAUUGACUAGAAGAGUGAACUCUUAAUGUGAAAGCUAAAUAAAUGGAACUCAAUAAAAUAAGGGCUCCGGAGACGUCCUGAAGGUUCUAUAUAGAACACCUGUUCUAAGAGUGCUCUAAUGGACAGGUCGAUGGGUUUUGUUUAUUUAGGAAGAACCAAUGUCUUGUAUUGGGGUAACUUCAUUUGUACUAGAGCUGCAUGGAUUUUCUCUGUUAAGCCAUAAAAUAAAUCCAAUUCUGAUUUAACUUAAUCAAAAACAUUUAUUUCAAAUAGUAAACAAAUUAAAUAAUUAAGCAUUUAAAAAAAAAACACAUUAAGAAAAAUAACAAAAAUCAUAAAUAGCAAAAUG